CCAUCAGAGCACUAGAGCUCUUGGGACGAAAGUACAUCGCGACUAUCAUAGUGUAUAUACGAGACACAAGCAAUCAAUGUCUAGUUUUGGAUUCAAUGUCUGCUUGCCACAAUGUUGUUUUUAAGUCAGUGCCUGUUCCUCGUGCUUCUGCUCCUAAAAGUCCAGCAGUCUCUGUGUGGUGUUGUUCUGUCGGUUAAGCUGCUCUACUUUGUUAAACGCGGAGGAUCUUGUUGCGAUCUCUUCUGUUGGUCGCCAUGUGACCUUGGAUUUUCUUUUAGAAUCCUUGAGCUCAACGGACAACUGAUUCGCUCCUGGAGUGCAGGCACAUAUAAAAACACAAAUUCUGUCUCCUUCGGAUAUUACUUAAGAGUAGGGUCUCAAGAUAAUCCAGUUGUAGUGACGCUUCAAUCUUGGCCCGGUGGGUUCAUCUUCUAUGCAGACAUCUGGGACUGGGACGAAAUGACGCCAUCAGAUAGUGUUGCCUACUUCUACGAACGGAUCUAUCAGAAAGUCAACACUGGGUCACAAGUUCGUUCCUUUUACUCCUCCAGCAGUGAGAUGCGCAUCGCAGUCGAGGUCAAUUGUUCUGCUAACUACUACGGCACAAAUUGUCAAACAUUGUGUAUUCCCCAUGAUGAAGACAUUGCUGGGCAUUAUAGCUGUGACCCUGGGACUGGUGCUAAAGUGUGCAUGGAAGGAUGGACAGGUGUAGAGUGCAAUGUCAGUCAAGACGACUGCCUGGAUGUGAUCUGUUUAAAUGGAGGAACAUGCCAGGACCUCCACAGAGGCUACAACUGCAGCUGCAUGGUCGGCUACACUGGUGAUCACUGUGGGGAGGAUGUAAACGAGUGUGACUCCUUCGCUGAAGAGUUGUGUGCUCAUGGUGUUUGUCUUAACAGCCCAGGAUCUUAUGUCUGUCAAUGUACAUUAGGCUACUCUGGUAAAAGUUGUGACUUUGAAAUAGAUGAGUGUGCCAGUAAUCCUUGCCUCAAUGGUGCAACCUGUCAUGAUAUUAUAGGAGGCUACACAUGUCAUUGUCAGCCAGGCUUUACGGGCUUCUCAUGUGGACAAGAUAUCAAUGAAUGUGAUUUGAUCACAAGUCAAGAUAAAGAUAUUGAUAAAAACAGUUUAACAAAUGAAAGUAGUCAUGAAAAAUGUAAUUAUAAUGGAAACUGUAUCAACACUCAAGGCAGCUACAAGUGCUUGUGCCAUGAGUAUUGGGAAGGUGCUCACUGUGAACUGAAUGUCAAUGAAUGUCUGUCAGGACCAUGUCACAAUAAUGGAAGCUGUGUUGAUAUAGAUGCAGGUUUCAGGUGUCUGUGUUCAGAAGGUUUCACUGGACUUCUGUGUGAUAGUGACAUUGAUGAGUGUCAAGAAGGAGCUUGUUUCAAUAAUGCUACCUGUCACAAUGUUAUUGGUGGAUUUCAAUGUGAGUGUCAAGAUGGCUGGCUAGGGGAACAAUGUCAGGAAGAUACUGAUGAAUGUGAAACUACAUUUUGUCAUCACAAUGGCACCUGUGUCAAUGUCAAUGGUAGCUUUUACUGUGAAUGUCAAGAUGGGUGGUCUGGUUUGCUGUGUGAGCAAGAUGUGGAUGAAUGUACAUCAAAGAUAGACUUUUGUCAAAAUGGUGGAACGUGCAUGAACAAACCAGGGUCAUAUGAUUGUCUUUGCACAGUUAAUUGGACCAGUGUUUAUUGUGAAGUUGAUAUUAAUGAAUGCACCGCAAAGAUGGGCCUCUGUCAGAAUGGUGGUACUUGCAUUAACAAACCAGGAUCAUAUGACUGCCUUUGCACAGAUAAUUGGACAAGUGAUCAUUGUGACGUUGAUGUCGAUGAAUGUACCACAAAUAUGGGCCUCUGUCAAAACGGUGGUACUUGCAUUAACAAACCAGGGUCAUAUGAUUGCCUUUGCACAGUUAAUUGGACAAGUAAUCAUUGUGAUGUUGAUGUCGAUGAAUGUACUGUAAAGAUGGGCCUUUGUCAAAAUGGUGGGACUUGCAUUAACAAACCAGGGUCAUAUGAUUGCCUUUGCACAGUUAAUUGGACAAGUGAUCAUUGUGACAUUGAUGUCGAUGAAUGUACCACAAAUAUGGGCCUCUGUCAAAAUGGUGGUACUUGCAUUAACAAAGCAGGAUCAUAUGAUUGCCUUUGCACAAAUAAUUGGACAAGUAAUCAUUGUGAAGUUGAUGUCGAUGAAUGUACUGUAAAGAUGGGCCUUUGUCAAAAUGGUGGGACUUGCAUUAACAAACAAGGAUCAUAUGAUUGCCUUUGCACAGUUAAUUGGACAAGUGAUCAUUGUGAUGUUGAUGUCGAUGAAUGUACAGCAAAGAUGGGCCUCUGUCAGAAUGGUGGGACUUGCAUUAACAAACAAGGAUCAUAUGAUUGCCAUUGCACAAAUAAUUGGACAAGUAAUCAUUGCGAAGUUGAUGUGGAUGAAUGUGCAUUCAAUAAACAACUUUGUCAACAUGGUGGAACGUGCAUUAAUAUUCCAGGAUCCUAUGAAUGUGUGUGCCAAGGUUACUUUGGUAGGAAUUGUGAGUAUGAGAUUGAUGAGUGUGCCAGUAAUCCUUGCUACAAUGGUGCAACCUGUGAAGAUAAGAUUGAAGGCUACACCUGUCAUUGUCUUCAGGGAUUUACAGGGUUGCUUUGUGGGCAAGAUAUCAAUGAAUGUGACCUGUUUGUAAGUCAAGAAUCAUCAGGAGAAAUAGAAAUUGUUUACAAUGUAACAUGCAUGCCAAAUGAAAGUUGUUCAGUUUUGUCUGACGGCUCAGGUGAAAUAAGCAGAGAUAAAAUAGACUACAGUGUAACAUGCUCUGAAAAUGGGAGCUGUUUAGAAUAUUUUGACCUUUCUGGUGACAGUGAGACAAACUACAAGAGAAGUGAAGUUUGUAACAACAAUGGAAAAUGUUUCAAUCAAUAUGGCAGCUACAAGUGCUUGUGUCAUGAGUAUUGGGAAGGUGCUCACUGUGAACUGAAUGUCAAUGAAUGUCUGUCAGGACCAUGUCACAAUAAUGGAAGCUGUGUUGAUAUAGAUGCAGGUUUCAGGUGUCUGUGUUCAGAAGGUUUCACUGGACUACUGUGUGAUAGUGACAUUGAUGAGUGUCAAGAAGGAGCUUGUUUCAAUAAUGCUACCUGUCACAAUGUUAUUGGUGGAUUUCAAUGUGAGUGUCAAGAUGGCUGGCUAGGAGAACAAUGUCAGGAAGAUACUGAUGAGUGUGAAACUACAUUUUGUCAUCACAAUGGCACCUGUGUCAAUGUCAAUGGUAGCUUUUACUGUGAAUGUCAAGAUGGGUGGUCUGGUUUGCUGUGUGAGCAAGAUGUGGAUGAAUGUACAUCAAAGAUAGACUUUUGUCAAAAUGGUGGAACAUGCCUAAACAAACCAGGAUCAUAUGAUUGCCUUUGCACAGUUAAUUGGACCAGUGUUUAUUGUGAAGUCGAUGUCAAUGAAUGUGCUCUUACUAAAGAUAUUUGUCAAAACAAUGGCAAGUGUAUUAAUCUACCAGGCAAAUUUAAAUGUCAGUGUCCUGUAAUGUGGACAGGCCUGCAAUGUGAAACUGACACAGAUGAGUGCAUUGCGUUUCCUGAAGUGUGUCUUCCAAAUUUUGACUAUGUAAAUGUAAGUCACAGAAUGUGCAGAAAUAAACAGCCAGGUUUUGAGUGUUACUGCAAUGAAGGCUGGAUAGGUCACAUGUGUGAGCUCAACACAAACAACUUAUUAGCCGAGCAAGAGCGUUUGUUAGCUGAUGCCUAUGAUCAAAGUGGGAAUAAAGUGUAUUACUCAGUUCAUCAAACAAAUAUUAAUAGAACAAAGGCAUUGUAUUUAGCUUGCAGUUCCAACAUCACAUCUAUUGACUCGUUGCUAGCUUAUUUCAUCAGUAUAGAACAGAACAACACAAAAAUAGUAGAACUUCAGCACACAGCCAGGCUAGAUACUUUUGAAAAUAGUCAAGUCCAAGUGUAUUAUCCAAUGAUCAAGAUGGAUGGUCAGAUUUUAUCAAAUGAAGAAGUUGGUGAAUAUAUGCAAUCAAAAAUUUUGAAUCUCACCAAAUAUUUACCCUGUCAUCUGACCAAUGUGCUCCAUCGCUCUGACACGAUAUAUUUGUACCCAAUUAUUCUGGUGUUAUGUUUGCUAUUUUUUAUCUUUAUUGUUGCUGUCAUCUUAGUCAAAUAUCAAAGGUAUACCUAUCACAAGUCCAUGAAAAGUAAGGAUACCUCAUUAACCAACAGUGUUCAUUCAGUUUUCAUGCCCGUGUAUGGGGCUAGUCUGUCAAGAAGUGAAAAUAAGAUUGCUGCCUUCCAAGAUGAAAAAACUGAAUCUAAAUGAUGUAUUGCAGUUCUUAUUUUCUGUUUUAUACUUGGUGUUUAAAAGGGCAACUGAUAACUAGAAUGUGAUAGAAUGGCAGCUAAACUGUUUAACUGGAAAAAUUAAUGUGAUAGGCACAAUGUCUUGACCUUGUAGUUUAAAUUGACUUAUUGGUCAACUCAAUUUAAUGCUUUUAACAACAAAAUUUAAAUGAUUUCCAGGAAAUCUUGGAAAAAUAAAAAGUGGACAAAUUGAAAGCUUUAUUUUUACAAAGCUUAUAGCAACUCUGUCUGGUCAAAAGUUUAUACAUGUUAUUUCUCCAACACCUAAUCUCUGAUCAAGCUGAAAUUGUACACAAUUAUUUUUUUUUUACCUGGAGGUGUGGUGGUUAAGUGCUAAAGUGCUUGGCUUUUUUUUACCUGACAACACAAGAAUCAAUAAAAAAAAUUAACCAAUUAGAAAUUGUACUUGACUGAGACGGUGGUAUAAGCAGAAUUAGUCCCCUUUAUAGGUCACCACUUUAAAGUUAGUUUGAAAUUAACAAUAGAUAGCUAUACAAUCUUCUAUUUCAUAUACAUCUCCCUGGCAGAGUCAUGAGUUUUAAUUCAGGUCGUUCCACUUUUUAAAUAAACACUUUUAAAAAUGAAUACCGUAAAUUUCACCAAGAUAUCCUUUUCUUUCUCCCCCCCCCCCCCUUUUUCAUUUUGCCAACUGGUCCAGAUGUGAUAGGAUCAUAAAAAAAAACAUGAUAUUGGUAAAAAUAUUUCUAAUCGCACUGAUUUAUUGUUGUUGGUCUAGAUCAGGGGUUCUCAACCUGUGGGUGGCAACCCACUUGGGGGUCGAUUGAAGAUUUGCCAGGGGUCGCCUAAGACCAUUGAAAAUAUGGAUUGUUAUUUAUCUAUUCUUCUAUUGUUGUAUGUGUGUGUUGAGGGCAGGGUCAUGGCAGAGUGGGGGAUUGUAAAAAGGGGACGCCGAGCUUAAAAGGUUGAGAACCGCUGGUCUAGAUCUAUUACAAAUUUAAUUACAUGACUGAUCCAAACUAAUUGAUCAACUACACUUUUUAUAAGCUUUGUUGUUGUUUUUUUUAAAGUAUUAUUUAUGUUU